AUGCACCUUCUUCUCAUCCGUCAUGGCGAAAGCGUCGACAAUGCAGCCGGCCUCUACGGCGGCUCUCGCGACGCUGGCUUGACCGCUCACGGUGCCCUGCAAGCCCAGCGACUGGCGUCGAGCCUGGCCGCGUCCAAGUUGCACGUCAGGCACAUCUUCUCGUCCAACCUGGGCCGAGCGGCCAAGACGGCCAACGCCGUAUGCGACUCUCAGAACAAGACGCACCAGUCGGCGCUGGCCGUCGUCCAACUGGCCGAGCUUCGAGAGAAACAUUUCGGCAACUGGGAGGGCGUCAAGUUUGCAUCUGCAUCCGCCCAACACAGACCAGAGCAGACGGGUGCCGAGACGACAGAGUCGCUCCAGGCGAGGUGCAGUGCCUUCUUGGAGACGUACCUCGCUCCCCUCUUCACCGCCCGCAUGGUCGGGCCCGAGGAGAACUGCGUGGUUGUCGUUGGCCACGGCAUCAGUCUGGGAGUGCUGCUGCUGGCUCUGGCCAAGAAGCUCACCAGCACGGGCGCCACUCGUGAUGCCUCCAAGGACGCCGCCUUGAACCAGCUCGCUUCUACGAGGAUAUCCUGGAGCAACACGGGCUACGCGGAUCUUGUCAUCUCGAAAUCCAAUGCCGCAGCUGAGGUCGCAGCCCGCGGCAACCCAUGGUCUGGACUCGAGCUCCGUGUCGCGCAGAUCAAUUGCACCACGCACCUCUCGGGACUUCGUAAGACGCGUGGCGGCAUCGGCAGCGCCGCCCACGACGAGAAACAAAAGACCAUCGAGGGUUACUUCGCCUCUUCGCGGAAACGCAAGGCAGACAAGGUAACCGACUGA